CCGGCGUCCAAGCAGCUCUACGAAGAUGAAACCGCCUCCUCGGUGUUCGGCCUGAGGUCCGUGACCGACCCGUCUCCCUCCCCGUCCCCGUCCCCCUGCAGCUCGGACCGCCCCCCGCUGGGCUGGAGCAGCAACAACAGCAGCAGCAGCACCGCCACGUCCGCCACCACCGGGCCGCCCGUCGCCGAGAAGCCCCGCUGGCACCUGGGAAGACGCACGCCGGCCCAGUUCAUACCGCUCGACGUCACAGGUGAAGGGGGAGGAGUGAAAUUCCACGGCGUCGACCUCCUCCAGCACUCCCCGUCCCCUUCCCCCUUUCCUGGGGACCCCUUCCCCCACCAGCCCCACUCCCUGGAGCCCGUCACCGACACCCCCCACCAGGCCCUGCCGCUGAGGAAGACGCACUCUGACCUCGACACAACCUUACCUACAGAUAACAGUUUGGGGCAGCGGGCCCCGGACCAUCUCCACCCAGGAACUAUGGACCACUCUGGGCUGCUGUGCUCAAACACGCCCUCCGCCUCCUGGAACGGACCCAAGGGCUCCACCUUUUCUCCCGGAGCGUGGAACGAGCCUUACAAUUACAGCAUGAACAAAGGCCCAGCGGUCCCGCCCAAGCAGCACACCAUCAUCGGUGGCUCGGGAGGCGGGACGCAGGACGGGGUGAUGCUGGUGGGCUCGGGACAGUCGGUGAGCUCGCACUCCAGCUCCUUCACGUCGGUGACGGACCCCUCCGGGAGGACGGGGAACAACGUGCCAGGGAUUUCGCUGGCGGCGGCGAUGAUGGGGAAGCGGAGCGAGACAGAAGGAGCUGCAGCCGACGGAGGGAGGGGAGGAGGCGGGGGAGUCGGGGAGGUGGGGAGAGGCCGGGAGAGGUCGGCACGUUCUUUAGCAGCUCAGAACGCCUUCAAGUUCCGGGAGCGUUCCCUUUCCACGCCCACAGAUUCUGGCUCCUUCUGCUUUGCGGAGGGCGUCAUCGGCCAGACGGACGGUCACAUCACAUCUGCAGGGAACGGAAACACGAUGGCAGCAAACCACCACCAGGAGCACCACAACUUUCUGGGUCUGGGUGAGAACUACGCCCUCUUAUACCCGAGAGGCAGCUCCGAGGACAGCACCAGCACCGCCGACACCAUCUCCGUCACAGCCUCAGACUACAGCACGGAGGGGCGUUUGCGCCUGCGCUCCCGCUCCAUCUCGCUCAAGAAAUCCAAGCGCAAGCCGCCGCCUCCUGUGAGGAGCGUCUCCCUCAUGAAAAACCUCGGAGAAGCCGAGGGGAGAAUCCACCACGAGGGCAGUCUUUACCGAGAUGGCCGGCCGAAGAGCCUGCACAUCCCCAGGGACCACUUCCCAGACUUCCAGCCAGAUUUCCUUCUGCCCAGCUCGUCAUCUAAACCCAGCGUUGUUGAGCGGGAGCUGGGCCACGGAGGGAAUGACGGACCUCCGAGUCUGGAGGUCCAGGCGCCAGACAGGGAGGCAGAGACAGAGAUGACCUUCCCCACUCACUGGCAGCUGGGGGAGUGGAAGAGCAAUGACCCCUACAGGUCUCUGUCUGGCUCCAGCACAGCAACAGGUACCACGGUGAUUGAAUGUAUGAAGGUCAGAGGAAGCUCCGAGUCCCUUCUCGACUCUCCCUCCACCUCCAGAGCCACGUCGCCCUCGCAGCUCUCCAUGGAGACCGACAUCAAGGCGUCGUCACCCUUCAAACCUCCAGGACUCAUGUCCCCGUCUAGUGGCUACUCCAGUCAGUCCGAGACUCCCACCCCAACCGUUCCUCUCAGUCAGGUGGCCGGCACAGUCGGGACGACCGGGUGUAAGAUGCGUCCCAAGAUCCCAGAGAGGAAAUCAUCGCUACCAUCACCCAAGGACCCGGCGGCGAGGUCGAGGUUGUCCUUUGAAAUGCCCGGGAAUGCACAUCUGGAGCUGUCUUCAAUCAAGCCAAAGCAAAAGGCCAGCAGGCGGCACUCUGACACCUCAACGGCAGCGAAGCCGGGAAAAAUCAGUCCCAGUUCGUCGCAGGCGUUGCCUAUGGUUACCCAGAACGAGCUGAAGACUGUUCGGCUCCGCUCGGUUUCUCGUGGCGACCUGGAGGACUGUCCUGACGGAGCCUCUGACACCAUCGAAGAAGAACAGCACGGCCGAGACCUUGGCGACAACCCCAGCCCACCUCCCACUCUACCAAAACCCAAACCGCCUGUUGCCGUCAAGCCUCCUCUGCCCAAACGGCCCAUAAACCUCCUCCUCAAGUCCCCCUCUCCCUCCUCCACCUCCCCCCACGCCCUCGAGUCUCCCCCUGCCUCACCUGUGGACCGGCCGGUGCCUUUAGGCAACAUCUACAAAGUCAUGAAAAAGCCGAAACCCAAAAAACCUCCACCGCAAGCUCCAACGAACCCGGCCGUUCUCCCAGAACUAAACUCUGCCCCACAGACUGCAUACGACCACCCGUUCCUCCCCCACUCCCAGUCCCUCUUCGACCUCCCUCCUCUCCCGGACCCCCAGC